CGCGUCCCCGGCUGCCUGUCUCCCCUUCUAUUCAGUCCGUGCGGUACAGCGCCGCGUUGGUUCCGCGUGGGGACACCAUGGCAGAGCUCUCGGAUAAUGUUUCCGUUCCUGAGUUCAACUCCCUUCUCCAAAUGGAUCCGCACCUCAAAACCUACGAGAGGGACUUCGGCAGGAGGUAUGCGCUGCUGCAGAAGCGCCUCUCCCAGCUGGAGGAGGCGGAGGGAGGCUUUGACCAGUUCACGCGGAGCUACAAGACCUUCGGCGUGCAGCGACAGCCUGACAACAGCCUGCUCUUUAAAGAGUGGGCCCCAGCUGCAGAGGCCCUCUUCCUGACUGGCGACUUCAACGAGUGGAACAAAUUCUCCCACCCCUACACCAAGAAAGAAUACGGCAAGUGGGAGCUGAUUCUCCCGCCCAAGCAUGACAAGUCUCCAGCUGUGGAUCACCGCACCAAACUCAAGGUGGUCGUUCACACCGCGGAGGGUGACCGCCUGUACCGGAUCUCACCUUGGGCCAAAUACGUAACCAGAGAGGAGAAAUCUGUCAUCUAUGACUGGGUUCACUGGGAUCCUCCUGAACAAUACACUCAAAUCCACCCUCGACCAAAGAAGCCCACGAGCCUGCGAAUAUACGAGGCUCACGUGGGCAUCGCUUCACCAGAGGGAAAAGUCGCUUCGUACGACAACUUCACAACCAACGUGCUGCCUCGCAUUAAGGAGCUGGGUUACAACUGUAUUCAGCUGAUGGCCAUCAUGGAGCACGCCUACUAUGCAAGCUUUGGAUACCAGAUCACCAGUUUCUUUGCCGCUUCCAGUCGCUACGGGACCCCGGAGGAGCUGAAGCGCCUGAUCGACGUGGCUCAUUCAAUGGGCAUCAUGGUGCUGCUGGACGUCGUUCACAGUCACGCCUCCAAGAACACGGAGGACGGCCUGAACCGCUUCGACGGCUCCGACUCCUGCUUCUUCCACUCUCCGCCCAGAGGGGAGCACAGCCUGUGGGACAGCCGCCUCUUCAACUACUCCAGCUGGGAAGUGCUGCGCUUCCUGCUGUCAAACCUGCGCUGGUGGAUGGAGGAGUACCGCUUCGACGGAUUCAGAUUCGACGGCGUUACCUCGAUGCUGUACCAUCACCACGGCAUCGGCACCGGCUUCUCGGGAGACUACAGUGAAUACUUUGGCCUUCAGGUGGACGAAGACUCUUUGGUUUACCUGAUGCUUGCCAAUCACAUCCUUCAUUUCCUUUAUCCCGACUGCAUCACUGUUGCAGAGGAUGUGUCAGGGAUGCCGGCUCUCUGCAGAAGAGUGGAGGAGGGAGGACUUGGUUUUGAUUACCGGCUGGCUAUGGCUAUUCCUGACAAGUGGAUUCAGAUCCUGAAGGAGUUCAAAGAUGAGGACUGGGACAUGGGCAAUAUCGUCUUCACGCUGACCAACAGACGGUAUGGAGAGAAGUGCAUAGCCUAUGCAGAGAGUCACGAUCAGGCUCUGGUUGGUGAUAAGACUCUGGCCUUCUGGCUCAUGGACAAGGAGAUGUACUCCAACAUGAGCUCCCUGAUUCCUAUGAGCCCCGUUAUCGACCGCGGCAUCCAGCUGCAUAAGAUGAUCCGCCUCCUCACGCACGGCCUGGGCGGAGAAGGCUACCUCAACUUUAUAGGAAAUGAGUUUGGCCAUCCUGAGUGGCUGGAUUUCCCCAGAGAGGGCAACAAUCAGAGCUACCACUACGCCCGGCGGCAGUUUAACCUGGUGGACAUGGAUCAUCUCCGCUACCGUCAGCUCUACGCCUUUGACCGGGACAUGAACUGGACCGAAGACAAAUACGGCUGGCUCGCCGCCCCACCUGCCUUUGUCAGCGCCAAGCACGAAGGGGACAAGGUCGUUGUCUUUGACAGGGCAAAUGUGCUCUUUAUCUUCAACUUCCACCCCACUCAGAGCUUCCAGGGCUACAGGGUGGGUGUCGAAGUUCCAGGAAAAUAUAAAAUCAAGCUGGAUUCAGACGAGACUCUGUAUGGAGGUCACGGCCGGCUGGACCACAACACCGAGUUCUUCACCGAGGAGCAGCCCUACAACGGACGCUCCUACUCCAUGCUGGUCUACAUCCCCUGCAGAACUGCUAUUGUCCUGGCCAACGAGGAGAUAGAUUACUGUUAUUAGAGGAUGAUUGUCUCCACAGAGACCAGGAUUGAGAAUGGAUUCCAAACUCAAACUGAGUGUUAACAAUCACCUUCAUCUUAAAGUGUCAACCUUGCAAACCCACUUUUUGUGUUUGAGCCUCUUUUUUUUUUUUUUUAAAGACAGUGGGGGUGUGUUGUCGACUAGUGUGCUUUCAAAUGCCAUCUGCAACCUUAGACGCUGUGUAACCCCAUUUACUACAGAUUGGUCCAUUUGGGAAGCGUCCAACCUCACCAGCAGCGAGAUGCUAAAACUCAAUACCCCGCCGAGUCCGUCCAACACUCGCCAGCAGCCAUUUAUAAGCUCUGUUGCAUUUGGCUUGUCAUCUGAAGUGCUCGACCGGCAACUGUGGCAGAAGAAAGCAAUACAAGCAGUAUUCACUUAUUAAAAUUAUUCACAAGAUAAGUUAUGUUAAAACACUUUUCUUGAUUUCAUUGUUUUCUGUUUAAUUAAUAGAAGAAAAAAAAAGAGUGUCACAGACGCAUAUAGAUGAAUAGCAGCCUCACUUGAAUAGCAGUCAAAUCAAUGGCGAUCUCUGUUAAUUUGCAUUGUGUGACUUUGUUCGUAUAAAAAUAUAUUGUAAUUUGCACAAAGUAUUAACCCGGUUUGAAUUAUUAUACCUUUAAUGAGUGUCUGAAACUGUUACGUUAUAAUGUUUGAAUUUAUGCAGCUACUGGGAGCAUUUAAGGGUUAUUUAUGGCUCGGUUAUUAAGCCAGUAAUUUGCAGCUAAAGCAGUGAUAAAAAUCGCCUAAUUUGGAUCAUUCACACUGUGUUGUAUAAUGCACAGGCAACAUUUUGAGCUGAAUUACAUCGUCUCUCCUCGCUUUGCAUAAAGCAUAGGUGCCUCCUGCGAUACAUCACAUUAAAUGGGUUUAUGCAAUGGAUUUUCUUUUUUUUUUUUUUUGCUAAGCUCUUCAAACUCCUAAAUUGUUCUCAGAUAAGUUGACGAUGAAGAUGGGAAACGAUGGUAUCGGAGCUGUGACGCACACGUUCUGGAAGAUGUGAUUUAUGUGCAGUGUGUUCAUUAGCUGUACUUGGUUCCCCCAGGAAUGAUCUGCUAAAACAGGUAUCGACAUAAAGAGCGACAUGUGCCUCUUCCAAUUACUUUUCACUCUUUUUUUUUUCUUUCUUUUUUUUGCGUGACUUUUUGUCCUCGGCGCAUUUAAUGAGUGAAAUCCCAAAGCCUUCGCCCGAGCUGGUAUGUGAGGAGGUUAUUGAUAAACGAAGAGAAGCACUGCAGAUUAUGACGGAACCGCUGAUCUUCCUCCCUCAACAACAACAGCAACGACGAAAAAAAAAAGGAAAAUGUCAUAAAAUAUUGUGUUUUGCAAAUGACUUUGAUAAUUGGUCUGUUUCCAGCCUUUAUGUUCUCCCAGCUUCCAUCCGCCGUCUGAAAAAGUCCCUUGUUGCUGUAUGAAUUGGUUGUACUUUGGACAAUUUCAAACAUUUCCUGCACCUUUUAUCACAGCAGUACUGAGAGAAGUGCAACAAGAGCUGAUUUUUUUUAGCAUCUCGGAUGAAAGCAAAUUCCCUGAUUUGCUGCCACGACCACGACAACAACGCUGUGAUCCACACCUACUGCAUUAGCGCAGAUCCUCCGCCAUUGAGGCCGUGUAUUGUAGCAUAUGGCAGGUCUGUGAUCGGCUUCGCCCGCAGCUGAAGGAAAACCGCAUUCAUAUUCAGGACCAUCCUUCUGUGUUUAGCCAAAAGUGUCAUGAACGUGUCAUUUCUUUUUCUUGUGUGUAAUGAAAACGCCUUUUCUCCGCCUCUCCGAGAGCACAGAGAGGAUCACUCUGCAUGCAUUCGGAGCAACGCGGUUUCUGGAGUGUUUAAUCAUUCCUCAUCUGACCCCAUGUCACUGUCAUUUCACCGCUGCCAAAAUGAAUCGUCUGCAUUUCCUUUCUCAAAAGUAAUAUUGAUGUGUGAUCCACUGCAACUGUUUCAGCAUAUUUCCUUCGUUAGGACUAAUGAUAAUAAAUCAGUGUCUGUCCAGCCA